AUGGCGGAUUCGGCUACCAGGACCUCCCCUCGGAAGAGGAAACUUUCUGUGGCCGAUAAUACCCCUUCGAAUGCGCCCAACGGCACGUCCAGUUCUGCUCCCAAGAAGGCGAAAGUCGCCCCUUCCAAGAGUGCAAAGUCCAAGAAGGCGGCGGGUGCCAAUCCAGCACUGCAAGCCAAGCCGUCCAACGCGACGGAAGAGUUCCCUGCUGGGUCGUUCUAUUGCCAUCAAUGCAAUAAAAAGCGCAGUCUGGCCGAUGCGAUCCAGUGCACAUAUAGCUCCAAGGAUGCAUCCAAGACAGAGCGUUGUAAGACACGCUAUUGCAGGUUUUGUUUAAAGAACCGUUAUGGGGGUGACUUUGAGGCUAUCAUGGCUCGUGGUGAGGAUACCAAGCCGAGGGGUCAUGUGAAGGGGUGUGGAUACAUAUUCCAUUGUCCAAAAUGUCAGGGCAUCUGUAAUUGCCGGAAGUGUCGCAAGGCACAGGGCUUAGAACCUACAGGGAACCUCACCCUUGCUGCUCGGAGAGCGGGUGCCGAGUCGGCGGCAGCAAUCCUUGGGCAGAACCCUUCGGCUCAGGGUAUACUUCCCGGCAAAGGCCAACAGGUUGAGCCGGCUAAGAAAGGUUCGAAGGUCAAGGCUCAUACAGGAAGCGCGGGGAGUUCUCUCACCGUUAAGUCAAAGACAGAGGUGGCCGCAGAGAAGCCUAAGACCAAGUCUAAACCAGCUGCGAAGCCCAAGCCUUUGCCGUCUCCCAAAUGGAAGGCUGUGGAAACCAUCCUCGACCGUUCCGGCGCUGAGGAUCGCAUUUAUCUCCGUGAAUUCGUUCUCCGGUUCGCAGUGCUCUUGGACAUAAGCAAGACAAACUUGGAGGAGCUCGAGGAUAUUGAUGCUGAUUAUGUGCGGGGCUCCAGUCGCUCACAAGACGAGGAAGGGGAUAUAUGCGCUUGGGUGAGCGAGCCCUGCGUCAAAGCUAUGAUUGUUGGACUAUUGGAUGCCAUCGCCGAAGAAUCCGAGUCCAAUACUAAGAAGGCUAUCAGGGAAGCCGUAAAGGAAAUCCGCAACUCUGGUGCGAACCUCACCAAGAUCUGGCUCGCACUCGCGACACUGCGCGACAAUGUAACGUCUGGUCCGGGUUCCAAAGCCAUCGACUUCCCGGAUGCAUUGGAUCCACCCGCUUCUGCUACUUUCCGCAGCACGCGCAGCGGCUUCGCUGUCGGUAACGGCAUACAUGUUGCGGAAUCAUGGCAGUUUAUCCCAAUCUUACUUUCUCUGGUUGACAUGGUCAUGGGUACCAAGGCUGUCAAGGACGAGAUUGACAAGGGUACGGAACGGGCCAAAGAGCUGCAUAAGGAAUGUCGAGAAGAAAUAAAGAAAGAGAACGAGAGGUGGGAUACGGAGAAGAAAGGUCCAGUUACUAAGGAGCGGCGGGCAGCCCACAAGAACCGCGUCACGGACUUGGAGCAGGCGCUAGAAACGGCGAUGACCGCUUAUUCACCUCGCUCGGGACCGUUGGGCAAGGACGCCGAUGGGCGCAUCUACUGGGUCUUGCCGCCUGGCGCCGCUGAGAGGGAGUUUUCUUCCGCCCUUCUUUCCGACUCUAGCAAGGCGAAAGACUCUAGCAAGGCGAAAGUCACGAAGAAGGCGAUGAUGUCUGUCGAGGACAGGGAAGCUAUGAGGAGGUGGUCGUGGUUUGUCGCGGUCUGGGGCAAGAGACCGCCCAAGGAAGUCCAUGGAAUUGAUAAGUCAAAGAAGACUGAGGAGGAGGAUGAUGGGGAAGAGAAGUGGUGGGGGUUCUCCGAUCCGAAGGAGAUCAAGACCCUCGCUGACUGGAUCGCUAUCAAGUUCGGGGUAGAGAAGGGCAGGGGUUCUCCCGGCGUCGAACAACGAGACUCCUCGCGGGAUACCUCAGUUACUGUGGAGGACAGGAAGGGCAAGUUGCGGAGCGCGAGUUCGAGCGCUCUGCCAGAUACGGACGGAUCGUCUCGAGUGUCUACUCCUUUGUCCGAGCUGUCUGACGUGGACGACGAGGACGAACUGUCGGAACUGUCUGAGGAUGACGAAGAUGAGGAGCGGGAUGUUUUCGCAGAGGGUCCGGCGACUAGAGUCAGUAUGAGGAACCUGGUCAAGGGUCUGCGCAAUUACGCGGACCUGCUGGCUUGGAGGGUCGCAAAGUGGCAGAAGCCGGCGGUCUAGGAGAGUGAGAAGUGGGCAUAAGUUACAGUGGUUUGUGCGAGUAUAAUGUGGUUCAGCGCUCGGCAUUUUUAUCAUAUCCUACAUUAUAGACACGUUUCACGGACACAUACAGUUGCAGCUACGUUACAAUUCCGCUUUACAAUGUAGCUUACUAGCACAUUAGAACCUGUUUCAUACGAAGAGCUUGUUGCUUGGAACACACUCGGAAGGACGUCUCGCAGUUGUUAUGAAUAUUGAGAAACAAUUAUCGAAGCGAGGUCGUCCGCUGACAGAGACCGCUCUACACACCUGCCUAAGCGUUGGGCGAGGUGCACUGCUAAGACGUGCUUGCACGUGAGCUGUGAGUCUGACUUUAGG